AUGCAGCUCAGGAACACCAUUGUCGCGUUGGCUUUUUCCAGCAUCGGAGGGGUUGACGCUUUUUUUCGUAUCAACUGUGCUAAGAUUCAAGUCGGACGUAUUGAUCCUAUUGUCAAUCCAGGCGCCCUAGCAGCUCACUGUCAUACGAUUUCAGGUGGCUCGAACAUUGGUGUAAACGCAACUUUCGACAGUCUAGCUGCCUCAGAGUGUACUUCUUGUGAGAUUUCGGCCGACAAAUCUGCAUACUGGACACCAAACCUCUACUACCAGCAUACCAAUGGCUCUUUCGAAGAAGUUGACCACGGUGGAAGUGUCAUCUACUACUUAGCUCGUGGUCAGAACGCCAACGACAUUAUCGCCUUUCCCAAAGGCUUCCAAAUGCUGUCAGGCAACAAAGCAUUGAGAGCUGCUAAUCAAUCGGGCAUGACCUGGGGGAAUGCCAAGUACCCAAACAGGCCUAUCUCAGAUGCUGUCAGCUAUGCCUGUCUUUCCAGUCCUGGUGGUCCAGAGACGCCCAACAUGCCUGCUGACCCCCGUGUCUGUAUCAACGGCCUACGUGCUCAAAUUCAUUUCCAGACGUGCUGGAACGGUAAAGACUUGUACAAGGCCGACAACAGCCAUGUGGCUCAUAUGUCCGGCAUUGACAACGGAGUCUGCCCACCCACGCACCCCUAUCAGUUCCCUCAUCUAUUCCUCGAGACGAACUAUGCAGUCUCUCAAGUCUCUAACUUGAACGACGGCGGCCGCUUCGUGUUUUCACAGGGCGAUCCUACCGGUUACGGCUUCCACGGAGAUUUCCAAAAUGGUUGGGUCGAUACUGCUCUCCAGGGUGCCAUCGAUACUUGCCUUGUCGAUGGUCAAGAUGACUCUGGUACCAUCGACGAGUGUUCAAUUCUGCAUCCUUUCUGGAACCCAAACUUCGCAGACAAUUGUCCCGUCCGACCACCUCAAAUCGGUGAGCGUGCUACUGGCAUGAUAGACAAACUUCCUGGAUGCAUCCGCAUCACCAAUGGUCCGGGUGCUGCUACCGCCGCCGAUAUGGAGUGCCCUGCCAGUGUACCCCAAGCGACAAUUAGCAGGACUGUGGACUCCACCCCACGACCCACUUACACACCCAAGGCCGGCACUGAAUUUGGUAACAAGUUUAACAAGAUUGUUGGCUGCGGCAAUGACUCAUACAUUAACAAUGGCUUCAGAGCUCUCAACGCAAUAGACACCACUCUGGCCGGUAUGACUGUAGAGUACUGCCAAUCAUAUUGCACCAAGCGUGGAUACCCAUACUCGGGUGUGGAGAAUGGAAACCAAUGUUUCUGCGAUCUUGCCAUCAAUCCAACGACCAUCAUCAAGGACCAAGUUAAUUUCAUGGACGGCUGCAACAUUGUCUGUCCUGGUAAUCGUACUGAGCUUUGCGGCGGUGCCUUCUACACUAUGAUCUACAACAAUACGGACCCAACCUUCGUAAAGACCACCAACCUGGCCAAGUCUGUCAUUCAGCUCACUUACCCCGUGACUCCCUUCAACUCAACCUAUGUAGGUUGUGCAAGCGAAGGCACCGGAGGUCGCGCACUGAACGGAAGCUCCCUCUCCGGCCUCGACAUGACCCUCUCCAAAUGCGCCGCCCUCGCCGACGACAAAAACCUCGCCUUCUACGGCCUCGAAAACGGCAAUGAAUGUUACGCCGGUAACGCCCUCGCAUCCAACAGCAGCGUCCAAGACACAAGUGCAGACUUUUCAAAGAGUUCCUGCCGCACCCGCUGUGUCGGCAACUUUUCGCAGAUUUGUGGUGGCUCGCGCUUGUUGAGUAUGUACAAGAAUCCCAACUAUAAGCCUGUGGAAGUUGUGGCCAAUGUGGGCAAGUAUAAGAGUAAGGGAUGUCUUUUGGAGCCUACAACUGGUGGGGCAAGAGCUCUUGGUGGGGCUAGUACCACGGAUGAUGCUAUGACUGUGGACAAGUGCGUCAAGUUUUGCUUGGGCAAGCGCUUCAAGUAUGCUGGUAUCGAAUAUGGUACGCAAUGCUACUGUGGCGACAGCCCUGCUCCAGGAGCCGCGGCAACCAAGUGCGGUACCUCGAAGCUCAUGAUCUGCCCGGGCAACAAGUUUCAAUACUGUGGUGCCGGAAAGCUACUCAAUCUCUACUACUCUUCCACUUUGUGA